AGUACUGUGCUCCAACCAUCUAUCUUGUUGCAAUCGAAAAAAAGAAAUGAGAAAACCAUUUUUAUAUCUCUAACAUUUUGGAUUAUUUUCAAGGAACAAAUAUAUUUGGGAGUGUGUUUUCCUGGGGGGCCCGAUGGUAUCAUGUCUCCGUCGAGUAGAAGUAACACUGUUGCGACAUGUCUGUUAUUUGUGCUGCUGGAGUGUCACUGGGAAGCGGUGUCUGGGCAGCUCUCCUACUCUGUUUCAGAGGAGGUUAACCCGGGGACUAAUGUUGGGAAUAUCGCUAAGGAUCUAAACCUAAACAUCAAUGAUUUGGAAUCUCGUGGGUUUCAGAUUGUUACUGGAUCCAACGCAAAAUACUUCAAGGUAAAUAUAAAGACCGGUACGCUCUAUGUUGAUGAAAGAAUAGACAGAGAGGAGCUGUGUGCGGAGGAACCCAAAUGUGCAGUCAGUAUAGAAGCCGUCAUAAACAACCCAUUAAAGCUUUAUCGUGUAGAAAUCCUAAUCAUAGAUGUAAAUGAUAACGCACCAUCUUUUAGUGCGAAGUCACAAACGAUAGACAUUGCAGAAAAUACACUACCCGGUGUAAAAUUCCCAUUGAUUGAUGCCAUCGAUGUGGAUGUAGGAAAGAAUGGCGUCAGUACGUACAAGCUUAGCCCCAGUGAACAUUUUUCUGUAGCUGUGCACAACGGAGGCGAUAGCGUCUCGGCAGAGUUAGUCCUACAGAAAGCUUUAGACCGAGAGAAAGAGCCAGUGGUAAAACUCUGUUUGACUGCUUUAGAUGGAGGGACUCCGCAAAAAUCAGGUACGAUGGAUAUCAUAGUACAUGUUUUAGAUAUUAAUGAUAAUGCUCCGACCUUUAGUUCAUCGUUGUAUAAAGCAAGUAUAUUUGAAAAUGCACCAACUGGGACUACAGUUCUCACAUUGAAUGCCACUGACAUAGACGAGGGUAGCAAUAGUGACAUUAUUUUCUCUUUCAGUAAAAAUGAGAAAGGCCAUAUCUUGGAACUUUUCAACAUUGAUCCCCACACAGGCGCCAUUACCGUACAAGGUAGCAUUAAUUUUGAAAAAAAAUCUGUUUUUGAAAUUCGUGCACAGGCAAGUGAUAAAGGCCAACCUCCAAUGUCUUCUCACUGUAAAGUGCUACUAGAAGUAGUGGAUCUCAAUGACAAUGCUCCUGAGAUCUCUGUGACGUUGCUUGUCAACACAGUAAAAGAGGACACUAAAGUGGGCACUGCUAUUGCACUCGUCUCUGUGGUUGAUAGAGAUGGAGGAAAAAAUGGUGAAGUGAAAUGUGAUAUAGGACAUGCAGUUCCUUUCAAACUUGAGACAAAUUAUAAAAACUAUUAUUCUUUGGUAGUUGGUGGCCCUCUAGAUAGAGAGAUUGCGUCUCAGUACAACAUCACGAUCAAAGCUAACGAUGAAGGGAUUCCGCCUCUUUCUACUACAAAAUCUGUCACUGUACACAUAUCUGAUGUCAAUGACAAUGCGCCUCAAUUUCCAAAGCCUUUAAUAAAUAUUUAUGUGAAUGAGAAUAAUGCUGUAGGAAGGAUUAUUAAAACAGUGACCGCAGCUGAUAGUGAUGUCGGUGAAAAUGGUGAGCUAAGUUAUUCGAUUUUAAAAAGUAACGAUAACUCAGUGCCUCUUUCUGCAAUGGUAAAUAUCAAUUCAGAGACAGGAGAAAUUGUCAGCCUGCAGUCUUUUAACUAUGAGGAGUUAAAGACGUUUCAGUUUAAUGUUCAGGCCACAGACUCUGGUGUUCCUCCGCUCAGCAGCAACGCGACUGUCAACGUUUUCAUCCUGGAUGAGAAUGACAACAGUCCCGGGAUCCUCGCGCCCUAUUCUGAGCACGGCUCCGUUAACAGUGAGAACAUUCCCUAUUCUGCUGAAGCGGGCUACUUUGUGGCCAAGAUCAGGGCUGUGGACGCCGACUCUGGCUACAAUGCGCUGCUUUCUUAUCACAUCUCCGAGCCCAAGGGAAGCAACCUGUUCCGAAUCGGAACCAGCACCGGGGAGAUCAGGACUAAGAGGCGAAUGAGUGACAAUGACCUGAAAACUCACCCACUGGUGGUGCUGGUUUGUGAUCACGGAGAGCCCUCCCUGUCAGCUACUGUGUCAAUUGAUGUGGUGGUGGUUGAGAGCACAGCUGACAUCCAGACUCAGUUCAGACAUGUACCGAUAAAAGAGGAGAGCUUCUCCGAUUUAAACCUGUAUUUGCUGAUCGCCAUUGUGUCGGUGUCAGUAAUCUUUCUGCUGAGCCUCAUCAGUUUAAUAGCUGUGAAAUGCCACAGGACAGACGGCAGUUUCGGCAGGUACGGCGCCCCAAUGAUCACCACCCACCCUGACGGGAGCUGGUCUUACUCUAAAUCGACUCAGCAGUAUGAUGUGUGUUUCAGCUCAGACACACUGAAGAGUGACGUGGUGGUUUUCCCCGCGCCGUUUCCGCCUGUAGAUGCGGAGCUGAUCAGUAUUAAUGGAGGGGACACUUUUAGCAGGACUCAGACUUUACCUAACAAAGAGAAGCUCCACCCAGAUUCAGAGGGUAAAGAUUUUUCUCUGGUCUUUGUUAGGAAGAGACUGAGCGAGAGCGAGACGCAACGGUGA